GUCGGUAAUAAACCGUAACGAUUUCCCCCGCAACAAAAUGCUCCGCUCCGCUGCAUUUGGGGGCAAAUAAUUCAUACAUGAAUAGAUUAUAUCCAAUUAUAGUCGUGAUAAUCUUGUGUUGCCUCUGUAGAACCAACUGGAAAUGCUAGUGACGCUGUUCAAAGUGUGCACAAACUUGCAUUAAAUAGGGAUUUUAAGUUGGUAUUUUAUACCUCGCGACGCUGGCUCCUCUAUCCAUCCAACAUGUUUUUUACGAGUGCGCAACGUUCAUUGUUCUGGCACAUUGUUUUUCACUAGUGACACUUUAACCAUUUCGUAUGGUUUCCACGUUUCAGGGCCACUAUCAAGCUAUUGUUUCUCAUGUUUUGUAAAUGUAUGUACGGGAACUGGUGGGUUGAUUGGGAAAUCACCGAGUAGUUUCCUGGAUUCAAAAUUCCCACGACCUCGAUCGGACCAUCGGACACGAGACCAUGAGGGCUGCAGAUAUUGACGGAACCGAGGAGGCUACGUCAUCCCUGAACUCUGCUGGCGGUCGGCGCCAUAGUCAUCCAGACACAACCACCAUCAAUUCCAACAACAGCAACACAGCCAACGAGCACAGUUCAAGCGGGUUGUUGGCGUCCCUGUGGACGAAAAUGUCCGAGUAUGUGGAGCUUCGGACGUUGGAGUCACAUCCUAGUGUCUCCUCGACCGACUCGGGCAGGUUCUCCGGGUCGGAGCUGUUCGACUCGGGGGAGUCCGUCAAUGGCUCGGCAGUUGACAGGCAAUCUGUGCAUUCAGCCGAGCGACCAGUCCAACAGCGAAAUGGCCACCCGAAAGAACACAGUCAGCGGAACAGUAUCUGGAAUUAUUUCUUUGGUGGUGGUGGAAGUAGCUCGGAUUCCAAACAGUCAAGCAGUGCAUCGAAAUCUAAACCUCCAUCAAGGAAGAACUCGUCGUCUUCACAGGAUGCAGGACACCGUCCAAGGAGUGCAUCUUACUCAUCUCCACCCCCACCUCCUCCAUCCUCAACUAAUUUCACAAGAGUCAAAGAGAGCAUUCCCACCGCUGCAGAGACUGAGUUUGCUGCCAAUGGCACCAACACGUGGCUGGAGUGGAACCCCCUGGAUGAGGAUGAUUCAGACAGUUCGGAUUCAUCAUCAUUAGUUGCAUCGGAGGAGGAGCAGUUGCACCAGGGGACGGGAGAGGGGCAUGACUUUGUUCCUGUAUAUUUAAACUUCACAUGGUGUGAUCAAUGUGGUGGGGUCAUAUGGGGCUUUCGUCAGUGCCUACGCUGUACAUACUGCAAGUAUACAUGUCACUACAAGUGCCUGAAUGAGGUGAGACUUGAUUGCACUGAGUCACCUGUCUUCAAGGAAGCUCAGUCAGAAUCACCACAGCACACCAUUGUUGCCAUUGAGAAUGGUGUUGAGGACACUAGUUCACUGACUGGGUUAUCCAGAGAGGAACUCAUGUGGAGAAUUGAAGAGUUCAACAGGAAGGCAGAUAUGUACCCGAUCAAACUGGAGAGUGACAGCUUAAUAUUUGUGGGUAGCAUCCGAAUAUAUAUGAACCUCUCUCGACCGAUCAGCAUUCCCAGUGGUUCUCCACUCCCCAAGGCGUGCAGUACGCUGCGCCCCUAUGACCACAGCGUGGACCACAGCAAGAGACGGACGUCCUUCUUUCUUCCCAAAAAUACCUAUGAGGAUAUUCAGAUAGCGAGUGAGUCCACCGCCAUUCAGGUCAUCCAAGGCGUUCUGAGUCACAUUGAAGUCAUAGACAACUGCCGCAAGUUUGCUCUCUUUGAGCGCUCAGAUGAAAAUGGUGAAGUGUUGAUGAGGAAACUAGCUGAUGAGGAAAAGCCUUUGUUGCUUCGAUUGUUGUGGGGCGGGGAUAGCACAACAAAGCGAUAUGAGUUACGAGAGAAUGAAACAGGGCAGAUUGAGUGGGAGGCAUUCACGGUGCCUGAGCUGCAAAACUUCCUACGUAUUUUGGACAAGGAAGAGCAAGAUCACAUUCAGCAAGUGCAGAACAAGUACGUGGUCUAUGAGAAACGCCUUCGGGAUGCCUUGAAUUAUAUUGAUUAGGACUUGUGGACACAAAAGUCUUUUUCAAUGCAAAAGUUUGCUUUAGUUUGUGUGUUUGGUAUUUAUGUUCAUUGCUCUGAGGCAACAGAUUAAGUUCAAAAGGGAUACGUGUACAUGCAGAGAAUUAUUGUUGGGGCCAAAUGGUAAAAUGGCCUGAGUUGUAUGGAAACAUAGUAACAUUUCCAUAACCCUACUCCUCUCAGACGUUGGUGUGAAAUUGGGGAAAAGGGGGCAAACUUGGACCAAUUUGGGAUGGGUGAGAAGAUAUGCAAAUUUUGAAUUUUUGAACAGCUCAGAAUGGAGAGCAAACAGUGCAAAAACUGCGAGUAAACUGUGUUGAUUUCAGGUUAGUGCACGUAACAUGCAAAACGUAAGAUGAACAUCACAAGCUUUGCAAUGUGGUGUCCAGAUCUCCCUCCCCCCCAACCACAUGGAUUUUUGCAGGAGUUUUCCCAGCGUUUCGGAAGGCACAUGUAGAGCACAGCCACCACCACGUGUACUUUACAUGGAACUAAACUUUGGAAGUUUAAUACAAGGACUGCACCAUUGGGUUGUUGCACAGUAGGGGAUAUGGGAGGAGUUUGGAAAGUCCCUAGCCAAUGUACACUAAGGGAGUUAGGUUGAAGUAUGGAAUUGUCUCUUGCAUGCUUAUUAGGUAGUCAUUUAUAUUGUAACAUUAGUAUCAUUACCGUGCUUGUGUGCCUUGGUAAAAGAGCAGUAUGCAGAACAUUUCAUGCCCAAUAGCUGUUUAUGCUUAGAAAGUAAUUGUAAUGAUCCAGUUUCAAUUAUUCUUGAGC